AUGGGCAAAGUCUCUCUGACCACAUACACUUUGGUGGUCUUCCUCCUCGCCACCAGCUGUUAUGCUGAGUUGGGAGAAGUUAUUUCAUGCUCUAAACACCAGACAGCUUUUGACGGAGCUUGCUAUGAGUUUGUGGGUCUGCAGUUUUCCUUUUUGAGAGCUGAAGGGUGGUGUGAGCGAGGUGGUGGACACCUGGUCUUCAUCUUGAAUGAUGAAACACAGCAGUUCCUCCAAACGCACCUAGAGCCGGAUAAGGAUUGGUGGCUGGGGCUGGCACCUGCAUCCCCAAACCUCACACUGGAUGUCUCGCCCACUGAAGGUUCUCUUGCAUGGUUGGAUGGUUCAGAUGUCAGCUACAGUAACUGGGUAAACUUACCAGAAGCCCGGGCGACAUGUGGAUACAUCCUGAGAGACACAGGAUUCCAGUGGACGGCCACAGAAAAUUGUACGCAGGAACUGAACUUCAUCUGCCAAUUUGAUUUUGGAAGAACAGUUGCAUGUCAAGGCCAAAAUGCGACACUGCAAUGUGGUUCGGGACAGGUUCUAGAGAUCGAGGAUGCCUUCUACGGGCGAAAAACUGUUCACUAUUGCCGAUCCCACUUCACAGAUUUGCCCGCAUUCUCCCAGGAGGAAUGUAGCUGGAUUAAUGUCCUGGAAUCAGUAAAAGCUCAUUGUCGUGGACUGCAGGCCUGCCAGGCUCCACUGAAUCUGAACUCCUUGACUGAGCCGUGUCCCCUGAUGCGAAGUUAUCUCUCUGUGGAAUACCGCUGCAAAGAUGGACUUCACUUAUUGAUGCCUAAACUGGCGUCUGUUGUUGAUAACGUCACCAUCACUGUGAAGUGGCUGCUUCAUCCAUUUCACGGAAAUUUAACUUGCACUGUGGAAGCUGGAGACGGACACAUCAUUGAUCCAUACAAUCCAGAAGAGACGGAGUCCUCCAUCAUACACAGAUUUCAGCAGCCUGGUGUGUUUGUCGUUGUGGUUGAGUGCACUACCAGUGACUGGCACGUCACGGCUCAGAAAACUAUAACAAUCCAGGAGCCUGUUGGAGAGUUCAGAGCGGCUACGUGUUAUGGCAGCAAUGCGACAACAGAUGGCGCCAAAUGCAACGUACUUUAUGGCAGCCCUGUUCAGAUUCAGCUUGGGUUAGAAACAGGUACAAGUGUUUCCUACACAGUUCAUUGCAAUGACAGUCAGCUUGCAAAUUUUUCAGUGGACUCUGGCAUCACGCCUCACAACAUCACACUGGAGGGGACUGUAUUGGAAAGUCUUAAACACGGCUGCAACAAUCUAACCGUAGCAGCAUCUAAUGGAGUCACACCUCACCCCGUGUCCACUCAUAUCCUGCUAUGCCUGCUGGAGCCUGUAGUCGGCCUGCAGGCCUCAGUGAUGGCAGAGUUGGAUGCAUGUCCAGACUCUCACAAUCUGACAAUCGGUGUGUCACUGGAGCGAGGAGCUCCAGUGGAACUGCUUUUUAAUCUCACCGGGUUUAGAGACACGCUGACUGAGACCAGAAACAUGCUAUAUAACAGCCAUCAUAAUUACACAUUCUCAAGCCCACUGGAAGAGCUUUUUCAAGUGAAGGUCCAAGCUGUGAAUGUCCUUUCAACUUCUCAGCUGGAAGUGGACUUAGUGAAAAUACUUCAAGCUUGCCAGAAUUACUCCUCGUCUAGCCAAGAGGGAAAUACAAAAGAAGACUCUAAAAUCCCAGGUGGCUUGGAAAUAACGGCUUCUCCUGAUAAGCAGGUUGACCGCAGUCAGACCGUUGAGCUGAAUGUAAUUGGUGCCGAAUCGUUGAACAGCAAUGGACUGAUAUUUGAGUGGCAAUGUAGAGGGAACUGCUCUUGCAGAAAUGCAACUUGGGGUAAAACUCACAUUAUUGAAAAUGAUUGCCUUCCCUAUCCAUUUGAAAUCGUUGAAUACACUUUGACUGCAAGGGAAAGAACAUGGUUUAGGAAAUGGGUGGAUGUUGCCCGAGCAUCUAAAUGCAUCAGUGUUGCUCCUAUAAAUGAAUUUCGAGACGUCGCAAUCAGUUGUGACAACUGUGAUUCCUUAACCAUGGAAGAAGAUGCAAAGCUAAGUCUCAGCUGUGCUACUACUUGCCCAGAUGUAGUUUGGUUUAUUCAAGAUCCCAAACCAUUAACGGGUGAUCUCAGUGAAUGCUACACCAAAGCAGGAACAAGCCCUCCCAUUGAAAAACAACACGGUAGCACUAAAUACACAGUUUCCAGUCAAUAUCUAAAAUUUUCGAGGAGCAUGCAGCGCGACAUCAACGUGAUUGCUUAUGGUGAGAACGUCCUUGGUUUUGCCAAGUACGUUGUUCCAACGCGAGGUCCUGAAACAGAAGCGCCUGCUGAGGCUCCUGAUGCCCCUACAUGUAGCAUCUCUCCACACUCAGGAACUGUGCUUGAUGCUUUUGAAAUUACCUGCCAGUCAACAUCUUUCUGCUCCACAGGCUGCAUUUAUUGUUUCAAGACCAACACAGGCAAACAUUUGCGUUGCAGUAAUACCAAUGUGGUAAAACCAAUCUUCUUGCCUGUGGGAGAUGAGAAGAACAGUCACGUUGUGUCUGUGGUCGUGACAAUGAAAAAUCAACAGACAACAACUACUGCAACUGUUGCAACUCAGGUAUUGAAAAGUAACUCCAGCACCCCCAUAACGUCUCUGCAGUCUGCAGUGGAAGACACUGUAGAUCAGCUGGAGCAGCAAGGUCUGCUCUCUGGCGAGGCAAUCGGACAGGUAUUCACUUCUGUUUCGGACAUGCUGAACUCAGAGACUGGGCAAGAUCAGAAGGAUGCAAAAGCUAAGCUCCGUGAGCAAAUGUUGACCAAGAUGACAGCAGUUCUGCAGGACAGUCCUAGCAACACGACUCGGGAAGUUCAAGUGACGGCCGAGGCUGUGGCUGGAUUAACACAGAUAUCAGAUGAACUGAGUCCUGCUGCUCAAGAAGAAGCUGGUUCAUUGUUGGUUAACCUCAGCUCCUCCCUCAAGACUUUGACCAUCAAGCCAUCUGAAAGUGGAGAUGAAGAUAUUUUACAAGCAGCUACGCCAAUAGUUGAAGCAGCUAGUAAUAUUCUGAAUGUUUCAUCAAACAAAAAAGUUUCAGAUUUCCUUCUGGCUGGGAUCAACAAUCUUCAGAGUGCUUUGCUGAAUAACAAGCAGUUGGAUGCGAAACCUGCGGUCAUCGAUUCUGGUCAGAUCAGUUUGUAUGUCAACAGAAUAUCCUCAGACGACAUGCAGACGCAGCACAUAAAUGUCCAGAAGAAAGGCUCCUCCAGCUUUUCCAUUCCCUCACUACCGGCUGGCGUUGUCUCUCCGGGGGAGCCAGUAGACAUCAGAAUGAUGAGCUUUGAGAAAAACCCAUUCGCUUGGAAGGAGGAAAACAUCACAGGAACUGUGGCCUCACUGUCUUUCACCAGAAUGAACAGCACAGUUAUACCUGUUGAAAACCUGCCUAAGGAAAUAGAGAUUCGUCUGCCCAGACUUGACGUUGGACAGCAGAACAGCACAGUCCUUGACCUUUCCAAUUUCAGCACAUUAAUGAUUGACAUACCGUCACCAGAGGUGACCCUGGUGCUAAAGCUGGAGCCAUCUCAAGACAUACCCUUCAUGGUUUUCCUUGGAUAUAAAGUGUACCCACAUGAGAAGAGCUACGUGGCCAAGACUCAGCUCCCACUAGAGAAUGUAAAUGAAGAGGAAAAAUUUACCUGGCUGCUGAGUCACAAGGACCGAACAGGAAGAGCUGGAAUUCAUUUCCUUCUUGUCAAGCCGAUUGUUGAGCCUGGCGUCAAAUCCGUCAAUGCCACAGUUACUGUGACUUCCAUUGCUGCUCAGUGCAAAUACUGGAAUGAAACCAAGUCCUCGUGGAGUGAAGAAGGCUGCAGGGUCGGCCCCCUCACUACCCCGCUGGUCACUCAGUGUCUCUGUAACCACCUAACAUUCUUCGGCAGCUCCUUCUUUGUCAUGCCCAACCUGGUGGACGUUACCCGCACUGCCAAACUCUUUGCUACAUUUGCUAAUAAUCCGGUAGUGGUGUGCUUUGUGGGAUCCAUUUUUGCUGCUUAUCUGCUGGCGGUGUUAUGGGCACACAGGAAAGACAUCCAGGACUCCACCAAGGUCAAAAUAACAGUCCUUGAGGACAACGACCCUCUGGCAGAAUAUCGCUACAUGCUUACUGUUAAUACAGGACAUCGUCACAGUGCAUCAACCUCCUCUCAGGUUACCAUAACUCUACUGGGAACAGAGGGAGAAAGCGAACCCCACCACCUGACAGACCCUGAAAAGCCUGUGUUUGAGAGGGGCGGGGUGGACAUGUUUCUGUUGACCACACACUUUUCUCUUGGAGAUCUGCAGAGCAUAAGACUCUGGCACGACAAUUCAGGGGACCACCCUGCUUGGUAUGUGAAUAAAGUGAUGGUGCAGGAUCUGGAAACUGGUCAGAAAUGGCACUUUCUCUGCAACUCCUGGCUUGCUGUAGACAUGGCUGAGUGCUGGCUUGACAAGGUCUUUCCUGUCGCAACAGAGUCGGAUUUAAAGAGAUUUAGUAACUUGUUUUUUAUGAAGACAGCCAAGGAUUUUCAAGAUGGGCACAUCUGGUUCUCGGUCAUUAGCCGGCCUCCCUGCAGCACAUUCACACGUGUGCAGCGAGUGUCGUGCUGUUUUUCCCUUCUGCUCUGCACCAUGCUGACGAGCAUCAUGUUUUGGGGCAUCCCCACAGACCCGUCUGAGCAGACCAUGGACUUAGGUCACAUUGAGUUCACCUGGCAGCAGGUUAUGGUUGGAUUUCAAAGUUCCAUCAUCAUGUUCCCCAUCAAUCUGCUUAUUGUCAGCAUCUUCAGAAACACUCGCCCGCGAGAGAAAGCUGCCAAAGCAGAAGGACUAAAACAGGGCAACACAGUUAGAGUUUCUCCCUCACAGACUUCAUCUCCUCCCACAGAGAUCAAGCACAUCACUGCAGACACUGUGAUCAAGGAUAUAAAGAGAAUUGCACAGUCGCUCUCAAAGGCCAUGAAGAGUCCACCGCCACGUUUUGAGCUCCAUCCAGGUCAGCAGGCAGACAUAAACACACUGCUGUCUCUGGUGGAGGACAUCAUUAGACAUCAGAACAAAAUGGCUGGGGAUUUCUAUUCAAACAUUUCCAAGGCAGACAGCAUGAUCUUGAGUUUGGGCGCUGUGAAUUUACAAGAAAACGGAUUGUGGGGGAGCCCAGAAAAGACUUUUGAUGAAACUCAAAAGAAGACCAACAACAGUCGGUACUUGUACAAGCAGCUGCGUCAUGUCGAGAAGGAGCUUCGUCUACUGGGACCUGCUCGUUUUCCAAACACCAGCAGCUACAACAGGGCCAUGCAGCAAGUCCAGGGAAUGAAGAGUCACUUGGAGUUCUUGCUGGAUGGAGAUCAGCUGAACCGCAGCCCUAGUCCUGAAGAAAGCAUCAGCAGCAGCGCUGAAAAGAAGCGCAGCCAGGGAGGGCUGCCAUGGUGGUUUGUGUUUGUUGGGUGGAUUUUGGUUAUUGCAACCAGUGCUGUGUCAGGAUACUUCACUAUGAUGUAUGGGCUGACUUACGGGAAGGACCAGUCUAUAAACUGGCUUAUUUCCAUCGUGGUGUCCUUCUUUGAGAGUCUUUUUAUCACCCAGCCUCUAAAGGUUCUUGGUUUUGCUGCUUUCUUUGCUCUCGUUCUGAAGAAAGUUGACCAGGAAGAAUUUGGAGAACCUCAGAUAGACGAGAAGCUCACGCAUCCAGAUGAUCCUGAUGUAGUGCAAGUCGCUAGAAGAGACAGCACGUGUAGUUUCUACCAGCCACCACCUCCUACUGACAUCGAGAGGAUGAGGAAAAACGUAAUUCAAGAGCAGAAAGUUUUUGGCCUCAUCAGGGAAAUUCUUGCUUACAUGGGAUUCAUGUGGGUGUUGCUUCUGGUGGCGUACGGUCAGAGGGAUCCUAACGCUUAUUUUCUGAGCCGACACAUUCGACAAAGCUUCAGCAAAGGAAUCUCCAACACCAUGAGCAUCCAGGACGUGUUCAACUGGGCAAACACUACCUUACUGAGCAGCCUUUAUGGCAAUUACCCAGGUUUUAUUACGGAUGGAAACUCAAAGCUGGUGGGUAAUGCUCGUCUCCGCCAGGUGAGAGUGCAGAAAAACUCAUGUCGCGUUGCCCGGACCAUGCAGGAGUCUGUGCCAGACUGUCACACUCCUUAUUCCUGGGAGUCAGAGGACAGGGGCUCCUAUAGCCCAGGUUGGAGUCUGUCUGUAGGAGAUAACACAUCACUGAACCCCCACAGUCCAUGGGUGUACCGAUAUCAGAGCGAGCUGAGGGCAUUUCCUAUCUGGGGCAGCGUGAUGCUCUACAGAGGAGGCGGCUUUGUCAUCAAUCUGGGGCCAGACUUACAGAGGUCGAGAAGAACUCUCAAGUACCUCCAUAACAGCACCUGGUUAGAUGUGUACACCCAAGCCAUCUUUGUUGAGUUCACUGUGUACAACGCAAAUGUGAACCUCUUCUGCAUUGCUACCCUGAUGCUGGAAACCACAGCCAUUGGGGCUUUCCAAUUCCGCAGUGAGCUUCACAGUAUCCGUCUUUACCAGUCAACUGGUGGCCUCCAUGUCUUCGUCAUGGCCUCUGAAAUUGCUUAUUUUCUUUUCAUCAUCUACUAUAUGUUCGUUCAGGGAAAGCUAAUGAGGAGCCAGAAGUGGUCUUAUUUCAAGACAAAGUGGAACCUGUUGGAGCUGGCGAUAAUAAUCCUCAGCUGGAGCGCACUGUCUGUCUUCAUCAAGAGAACUUUACUGGGAAAGAGGGAUAUGAGUUUUUAUCAGAACAACAAACACCAAUUUGCCAGUUUCCAUGAGACAGCCCAGGCAGAUGCAGUGCUUGGGUAUCUGAUCGCCUUUCUGGUUCUGCUGGCUACAGUCAAACUGUGGCACCUGCUGAGACUCAACCCGAAGCUGCACAUGAUCACGGCCACACUGCAGCGAGCUUGGACUGAUAUUUCAGGCUUCCUGGUGGUCAUGACCAUAAUGUUCUUGGCUUACUCCAUUGCCUCCAACCUGAUGUAUGGGUGGAAGCUUUACUCUUACAGGACUCUGCUUGAUGCUGCACAAACUAUUGUCAGCUUGCAGCUUGGUAUUUUCAACUAUGAAGAGGUUCUGAACUACAAUCCAGUGCUCGGGGCUUUCCUUAUUGGUUCCUGCAUUGUGUUCAUGACCUUCGUGGUGCUGAACCUCUUCAUCUCUGUUAUUCUUGUGGCAUUCAGUCAAGAACAGAUACAUCAUAAGCCAUCAGAAGAAGAGGAGAUUGUUGACCUGAUGUUGAUCAAACUCUGCAACAUGUUCGGACUCAAAUGUCAGAAGAAAGUGGUUGCAUAACUGGGAUUCUUCUGAGGAAAAAGAUUGACAUCUAACAUCAUAAAAUAACAGAAAUACAUUGGUUCAGUCACCGUCA